UUAUAUCGAAGGAGUGCGCGUUGAGUUGACGGCCUGCAUAUGCGCAGUUCGGCGCAAGAGACCGUUCUACGCAUGCGCGUAGCUAGCCAACGUGGCCAUGUGACACCUACAAGUGUGAUCGGGGAGAAGCAAUUUUAGCCUAUCUUCAUACUGUACUUACUGUCUCAUCUUUGGUUGCGGCGGGAGCGACACUUCAGCACGUCGAUGACGUCAACCACAACAAAAUGUAUCGUGUGCGUAUUUAUGUUUAGCUGUGAAAUUGACAUUGAUUGAUAUUAAUUGAGCAAAUUGCGCAUUUUAAAUCAACUAAAGCUAUUAGCGUAAGCUGAAUAAUUUUGCAAUAUUCAGUGACAUAUCGUGAUUCUUCUCUGUUUUUUUAGACUUCUAGCUGUGCCGCGCCGUUAAAAUAAAGUCGACCUGGAACGCGCAACACCGCAGCCUUCAGAGCAGUCAGGCUAGCUAAAUCAGUUAUUUUCAAAGCUUAUAUAGCUAAUAUAAAUCAGAAUGGAUAAUAUUUUAAAUUGCAAACCAGAGGACUUGGAUGAUUAUUACGGGUUACUCGGAUGCGAUGAGUUAUCUUCGACAGAACAGAUUGCCAAUGAAUACAGAGUAAGGGCCUUGGCAUGCCAUCCAGACAAGCACCCUGAUAAUCCAAGAGCAGUGGAAGAGUUUCAGAAGUUGCAGGAAGCCAAGGAGGUUUUGUGCAAUGAAAAGAGCAGAAGAAACUAUGAUGUAUGGAAAAGAAGUGGAAUUACCAUACCAUUCCAUGGCUGGCUAGCGCUUGGUGACUCUGUCAAAACUUCAAUGCAUUGGGCCGUGAGGACCAAAAAGGAGCCCAUGCUGGAGAGCUCUAAAGCAACAUUCCCUAACAGUUCCCAUGACAGAGACUGUACUGACCACGAGUCACCAGAGAUGCCUUCACCAGAUGCAGUACCAUCUUCAAGUGAUUACUGCCAUCGCCAUUUUCGCUGGGCUUCUGACUCCCCAUCCAGUCUUCUGCAGAAAUUCAGAAAUUAUGAAAUCUAAAUGGAAAGAUAAAAUGAUCAGUGUUGUCAAUUUCCUUGUGAAUAAUGUUACUUGUUGGUUCCCAUAUUCACAAUAAUUGUAUGUAAUUGCUAAACUAAUUGUCUUUAAUCUAUCAGGUGUAACCUAUUAGACCCUCUGUAGAAAAUGUAUAAUGAAAAUACCCCAGUUUUGCCAUGGCCUAGGCUCUAGGGUAUGGGAAAUAUAUAUUAUUUGUAUACGGCCUAUGGCAUGGAACCUGGAAUGGGCCUAUUUAGCUCUUUAUCAAAAUGACCCAAUAGAUGUCAUUAUGUGAAGUAUAGUAUUUUUGUAGUGUUGUAUCCUUGUACAUCGUUGCCUUUUUUAAUUAAAUAAAUGCUCUGGAUGGUAUUUUCACAUCUAAUAAAUGUUAUGUAUUCAAUAUGCUGAUUUUAGUUUGGCUUCAUUUAUUAUCAUAUUAUUACUUCACAAAUAUGGGGACAACAAAACGAAUGAUAAAGUAUUGUAUUGAAAAUGUGAAGUUCAAGCAUGAACAACUUAAAGCUAAAACCAUUAGCAACCAGCAAUCAUACAACUGUCACUGCUUGGGUGCAGACUCAUUACAAGGCCAUGAAACAUUUAAACUACUCUUAAAUAUAUUAGUAAUUUACAACAACAACAAAAAUUAGCAUAGGUUCAGAUUAAUGGUCAUACAAUGACCUUGACGCGCGAAGCACGUUUUUUUUUGGUGUCCAUGCCAGAGCAUUAUCUGUUGAACAUUGUCUACUAUAAAACGAUAUAAAAUAAAUAAAACACACACAAAAAUCUAAAAAGUGUGCCCCUGUUCGCUUGCGUUGCUUAUCCUUUUUUAAUUGGCCAAUUCAUAAGACCGUUACUUUGUGAGUGGACAGUUGACUCCGUCAAUCAAGUCAAGGUUGGAAAUAAAUGGGGUCAUUUCAGUCCAGCAGAUUGUUCAGAUCACACGAGGUAGUUUAAGCGAAAGUGAAUUUCAUUAUGGCAGGCAGGCUUUUACUCCGUACCUGUACAACCUUGCAAUUGGCAAGAAAUAAUGUUGUGGCAAGAUCACUGCCACGCGCUAUGGGCACAUUAAAAGGAUCCUUGGAGCAUUCUGAAACCCAAGGAGUAUGCUGGAACCAAAGAAGACCCUCACAUUGUCCCAGGCAUUAGUGACAAACGGCUGGUAGGCUGUCUGUGUGAAGAGGACAACACUGCCAUUGUGUGGUUCUGGCUCCACGAGGGGAAGCCCCAGCGCUGUCCCGAAUGUGGGUCCCACUACCAGUUUGUCCGUCAUGAGCUGCCCCACUGAAACAGUCACCAAGCUCCUUGCCACUGGACCAGGAUAACCUGCCUCAUUAACUCACCCUCUACCCUGAACAAUGUGUGCAUUUCAGCUGAUUAAUAUGUAGUUUAACAUUAAAAUACUGUCAAUUUGAA